AUGAUCUUCAGCAGCUUCCGGUUGUGGACCAGGAGCGGGCGAGCCCAUUCGGCCAGGUUGUGCUCCCGGCUAGGUCUGCUCCUGUCCAUGGCCUUGCGGCCGAUCAGCAUCUCUAGGAGCACCACUCCAUAGCCGUAGACAUCGCUCCGAGCCGUCAGAUGGCCUGCCAGAAGGUGGAAACCAAGAACCAUCUGAUAGUUUCCAUGGAGACAACAAGCAGGCAUCAAGUUUUACGAUAGAAAAAAUCUCAGAAAAACCGUAUCUCUAGACUGUAUCACGCUUGGACUCUAACCCAAAUUCAUAAAAUAUGAACUUGGAUUGGAGCAUGGCUGAUGCAUCCACAUUAGCUAAACGAGUAAUGAUACUGCCUAAAGUUUUAAAAAAAACUGAAAAGAAUGAUUUCCCUUUUCCCAAAAUACACAUGAUACGCUGAGGCAUUAUUCACGAGACUCACCGGUCAUCACAUACUCGGGGGCGGCAUAGCCAUAGGUGCCCAUGACUCGGGUGGAAACGUGGGUCUGAUCUCCCAUGGGACCCUCCUUGGCGAGCCCAAAAUCCGAGAGCUUUGCAUUGUAGUCCUGUAAUUUAUGGCGUAAUUAAUAGGUUGAUGGUGUGAGAUGCAAAUGGCAAAUGAUAGAAAGGGGAGCGUAAAAUCCUCCCCCCCACCCAAGGAGAAUUUUCUAAUUUAAGAAUGCAUGCGGAAGAAGAUAUAUAAUUUGGAAGAGAUACCAACCGCGUCCAGCAGGAUGUUUGAUGUCUUGAAGUCGCGAUAGAUGACAGAUCUUUCUGCUCCAUGAAGAAAGGCAAGCCCUUUUGCAGCACCCAGUGCAACCUUCAUCCUGGUUGGCCAUGGCAUUGUAAGGCAGACCCCUAGAGGCAAAUCGUUUUUGAAUUUGAAUUCAAUUAAUCAGUUCCACGAUAAAUUAGAUAGUUAUAAUUGAUUAUUUUGGGUAUAAUAAUAAAAUUUCCUUUUUAGAGAAUUCUAUUAGUAGGUAAAAAACUUGGUCUGUAUUUGAACCAAGCAUUUUGCGUGGAAUUUAAAAAGAGUAGCCAAGUGAAAAAAAUUACCGAGAUAUUCGGUCACAUCAUUGGAUUAAACUAAGCGGGGUCUUUCGGGUUAUUCAAAGAUAUAGGAGAAAAUUCAGACCAUAAAAGAAGUAAAAUAUCUGACGUUUUCAGGAUUUCUUGCUGAUUUAUUUCCUUAUCAUUGCUCUCACGAUUCCAAUGAUAAUGAAAUCGAUCGUACGGCAUUUUCCUUCAGUCAUGCUCAUUAACUACGAAGAACAUUCUGACCUUUUUUUCCCCAUGGGCAACUUUUUAGAUGUAAUUUCUUGAUAGGGAUGGACGAUCAACUCAAAAGAGAAACUGUUUCAACAGUUCAAUCUUUAAGCACCGUCUACCAACCAGUUUUCAUCAGGCAGGUCAAAUCGUGAGGGCAUCCAUUUUCUUCCAACAACCUGAAGCCCUUUCAUUCAAGCAAGGAACAUAGUGAUUAGAUUUCGAGCACAUUGACUUUCUUAUUCAUCUUUCUUGACACAAAUGGCCUGAAUAUGGUUAUAAAUGAUAAACUAAAUCUCAAACCCAUGGAGUGCUUAUUCUCUAUUUCCAAGAAUUGCCGUUGUUGA